AUGCCAGGGCUGUUGUCAUGUGGCUUGGGGGCGGAGGCGAUCUGGUCGCAGCGGAUACGGUCCCGCCCCGCCCCGCUGCACGGGAGAGCCUCGCAAGGCUUCCUGCACCAUUACAGUGCAUUCGAAGCGAAGGAGGAAGCGCCACCAAGAUGCUACAACCGUCAGGGCCAGGUUUGCAACAUGUCCUCACUGCCGGAAGACGAGGACAAGCAGGCUGCCCUGGACAAGCGCAUGCAGCGCCUUCAAGCAGACACGCAGCUCCGGCCGCAGCUGUACCUUGGAAGCCAGGACGUCAUGAGCCAAGUUGAUAAGGCGAAUGUGCUGUCCGCCGAAGAGCUCAAGAACAUGGCAGCCAAUGCAGAGGCCUACGAAAUGGCACACAUGGAGUUUGUGAAGGCUUACAUGGGCUACAGGAAGGAGCUCCUCAAUUGGAAGUCCGCUACCCGCGGUCUGGAGGACGACUAUGCCCUGCACUGCCGUCCCUUCCACGAUGUCACGAUGGAUUGCGAGAGGAAGUGGCGUUCCGCAAUGCGAAUGUCGGCAGCUCGCGAGCCUUUGCCAGCCUGCAUGGUUGGAGUCGUCACGCCCUACGUGCGCCACCCACGUCCUCGUCAGAGCUGGCUAGACUGGCUCUUCUGA